AGGCAGCGCGUCACGGUUCACAGGAAAGCCCGGAUGAUGACGUCGAAAGCCGGUGCCUGUAAAAGUGAAGUGACCUUCUUUACGACCGCCAGAAACCGCACGUCUGCUGAGAGACGCAGUUUUAUACCUGCUCCGGAGGGAUUUUAACCAAAAGCUGACUAUGGGAGACAUUGACAAAGGGAAGAAGACUUUUGUCCAGAAGUGUGCUCAGUGCCACACAGUAGAGCAGGGGGGGAAGCACAAGGUGGGGCCCAACCUCUGGGGUCUGUUCGGACGCAAGACUGGGCAGGCAGAGGGCUUCUCGUACACAGACGCCAACAAGAGUAAAGGUAUUGUGUGGAGUGAGGAAACCUUGAUGGAGUACCUGGAGAACCCCAAGAAGUACAUUCCUGGAACUAAAAUGAUCUUUGCUGGUAUCAAGAAGAAGGGAGAGCGCCAGGACCUCAUUGCAUACCUUAAAUCGGCAACAUCAUGAGCAGUCAUAGAAAUCGGAAUAUUUAAUGUCAUUUUAUUGUAAUUUUUUGGGUUUGCACAUGUUGAAUAUAGUUUUAUUUUUAGUCAUUUGUACAUAUGGUUAAAUUAUGUUGAGAGUUGGAAACGUGGCACUACUUGUGAGCCAGUGAGUUCACACCGAGUGUCACUUCGUCUUUAAGGUCAGGAUGUGAGCAAAUUGUUCAAGUGGCUAAACAUAAAACUAGUCAAGUUUUGUUUAUUUUGUCAAUCUGUACUUUGACUCAUAUGAAAAGAAAACUAAUGACAUUAUUUCUAGCUGUGAUAGGUUACCUGACCUGUCUCAUUCUGUUUUCCAUGACAACACUUGUCCAUUUCUUUCUGCCAGCAGAGCCAUCCACCAUCAACAUCAUUUUAAAAACUAUUACUAAAAAAAAGGAAUCUAAUAUCAGAGUGAUACAGGUUGGAAAUCUUUAGAUUUUUGGUGGUUAACUGGUGCUGCUCUCAGUUUUCAUGCCAACUGGAGUUUCUAACCUUACAAGGGGUGACGCAGUGUGACUUUUCUGCACUCCCUCUUGUCUAUCCUUAUAUAUUGAUGGUCAGAAACUACCACUUGCCAUGAAUGCCCUUUAGAUACGACACACUGAACAUGUCUUUAAAACAUUUGGACUAAACCUACUGUUGCAUUUUACGACUCCUAAAGCAGCCCCUCUGAGCUCCUGUUUCUACCCCCUGCUGACAUGUUAUCGGGCUCAGUACGAGUUUUUAAAAUAAGGGUGACACACUGCUUUCUGCCUCCUUACAGUUAGGAAUUGUGGGGUAUGAAUGAAUAUUACUGCCUUUUAAAACCACCACCCUGCUGAGAUCCCUACAGUGUGAAAUCAGCGGGCAUACAAUCACUAUGCCAAACAAUGUUGUCAAGCUACUGUACUGUACAGACAAACCAUCAGGGGUACCAGCUGGAGGGAAGGAAGAUUUUGUUAUUUACCUGGUUUCACAGGCCUGAAAGACCCACCGUUUUAACUUAUUUUACUGUAACCUGACAGAGUGUAAAGCAUUUUGAUGGGGCUGCUUGCUCUCGGUGUACACACACAUAAACAAUAUUAUAAUGUGGUAGCCAUGUUGUGUAGUUGUGGACAGGAUGGACGAAGGCUCAAUUAAAAGAAAACUUAUAGAAAUUAAAA